UCGCCAGCUCCGUUUCUCAUCGGGGUCAAGGGGAGGGUUGGCAGCAUGCCGCAGGCUCCCUCCCCGCCGCCCCGAGCAGCUUUGCAGAGAGGGCUGCAAGAAGUGGGGUGUUUCGGCAGGUGCCUGUGAUCUGCCCCUGGUGUGCACACACACACACAUCGUGCUGGGACACGCGGAAAACGUCGCCCGUUCCAGCAGCGCUCAGGAGAAGCUGCUCUCCCGCACUGGUGAGGGGAAGGCUGGGGAACCCCAAGGACGGAGAAUCCAGAGCUGUCGGCCAUGAACACGACAGCAACCGGCGUCGCCCAGCUGCAGAGGGUCGGGUCACACCCUCGCCGAUGGAGAGGGUGCUGGCUGCAGGCGGAGGGACAUGCGGGGGGUCAGACACACAGUGCGGAAGAGGGAAAUGCGCUGAGCAUGGAAGGGCUCCGGGGCUGAUGCGGCCUCUGCGCGCCGGGGUGGGAGGCAGCCCCCGGCGGAGCCCGGCCGCCCGCCAUGCCCUGGAGCGUCCGGUGGGUCGGUGGCCACGGCGCCCAGUCCCAGAAGCAGUGCAAGAAAUCCUCCUUCGCCUUCUAUCAGGCGGUGAGGGACCUGCUGCCCGUCUGGUUCCUGGAGGACAUGCGGACCAUGGAGGUCUUCCACUGGGAGGACGGGGGCAAGGUGAGCCUGUACUCGCCCUCGGAGGCCCUGCUCUACGCGCUGGUGCACGACCACCAGCCCUACGCCCGGCACCUGCUGAGUAAGUUCCCCCAGAGCGCCCUGGCCGUACCCAGCCAAAGCUUCAGCUGCUGCCAGGCCUCGGCCCCGCACUUGGCCAUGGCCGUCCGCUACAACCGCGUCCGCAUCCUCUUCCGAAUCCUCAAGGCCGUCCACGCCUUCCCGCCGGGCGACAGAGCCGCCCACCUGGACCGCCGGGGCUGCAGCCGCGUGGAGGGUGGCAAGACGGCCCUGCACGUGGCCUGCGAGCUGGUGCGGCCCGAGUGCUCGCUCCUGCUGCUCGGGCACGGCGCCUCGCCCUGCUUGCGGGACAGUGCCGGGAAUACCCCCCUGGACACCUUGCUGCAGCAGAUUUCCCACGCGCCGGCAGCGAACAUGCGUGCCAAGCUCCUCUGCCUCGACUGCCUCUUCUUCUUCGUGCCUCAGGACCUCCAGUUCUCCAUGAAACAGCAACUGUUGGACAACCGGCAGCGGUGGCAGGACCUCCUGGGGGAGAACAGGUUCCAGUGCCUGGUGGGCUCCGCUCCCCCGUCGCUGUUUGUCGGAGCCAUGCGUGUCUUGAUCAGGACCAUUUCACCUGAGCAUUUCCCAGAGGCUCUGGAUAAUCUGCCUCUGCCUCAUUUCCUAAAGCCUUUGGACUUGAAACUGGAGAGCUAGAGGGGUGGUAUGAGAGCCUCCCGCUCACCUGACAGAAAUAGACUGUUGUGCUAAAAAUGUAUCGGUAUAUGAAGCUGCUAAUGCAGUGGCCAAGUAUCUGUUUUAAUUAGAACUGUAUUUUUAAAAAGAAUUCUAUCUAGCACUUUACAAUAUAUUUUAUUUAAAGAUAUCCUUGGUGAGGUGAGGGCCGCACUGCAUUUUAUAAAAACAUUCUAUGGUAUGUACAAAUGGGGGGGGGGGUGGUGUCAGAAUAUAUUUGUAAAUACAGGCUGAAUAAACCAGUGGCAGAUGUGAUCAAAA